CAUGGUGCGGCCAUUAAGCCUGAUCCAAAAUUUGACCACGUAUGCUCCAAGAUGGCCAGCCAGCUUGUCGCCAUCGACACGAGCACUUGCAGUCACACAACACACUCACGCACGCCGGCACAUUUGGAAUUACUUGUUAGGAUUCUAUGAAGCCCAUAGACCAAGCCAUGCGCUAGCCUUACAAAAUCACUGCAAAUCGCAGCACCUAGAAAACAACAUCGGAUUCGGCGCCGGCCGGCAUGCCGCUCAAGCUCGCGCUCAUCGUCGCUGCUCCGGUGGGAAUAACCUGUGCCAUACUGUACCUGGCAGGUGUCCCCUGGAGAAUCAACAUCCGCAUCGCCACCUUCCUGCUCGUCUUCCUCUUCGUCGCCGGGCUGUGCGAGCGCGCGCGCGCUCGCGCCAGGUUGCGACGCCUGCAGCAUGAGCAAGAUCCGGAGAGUGACCAGUCCAUGGCGGCGCUUCCACGGGAACCGGCCGUCGGGCUAGGACGGACUGAGAUCGCCGGUCUGCCGGUGUACAAGUACGAGAAGCUGGAGCGCGGCGGCGGAGAGGGCGACCAGUGCGCCGUGUGCCUCGCCGAGAUUAGGCCAAAGGAGGUGGUGAAGCAGCUGCCGGCGUGCACGCACCUGUUCUACGAAGGGUGCAUCGACGUGUGGCUGUGGUCGCACCGGACGUGUCCGGUGUGCCGGUGUCCGGUGGAGGUCUCUGCCGUGCCGGCUGUGGAAGUUGCCGCCCGUGCUUUGUAAUCUUAUCU